AUGCCCUCCACAUCCAUAACGAUCCUCAUGGUCAUCUUCAGUCUGAUGUCAUUGGCUGCUAUGCUGCAGAAUGGCUUCGUGAUUGCUGUGCUGGCCAGAGAGUGGAUGCGGAGCCGGAAACUGUCAGCAGCUGAGAUGAUUGUGGCUUCUCUCGCCUCUUCCCGGUUCUGCCUGCAUGGAACAGCUGUCCUGAACGAUCUCCUGGCCUUCUUUGGUUUUUGUUACCAAGCAAACUUUCUUGGCAUCUUCUGGGACUUCAGCAAUACUCUCCUUUUAUGGUUUACGGCUUGCCUUGCCAUCUUCUACUGUGUGAAGAUCUCCUCCUUCUCCCACCCUGCCCUUUCCUGGCUGAAGUGGAGGAUUUCUCGGUUAGUGCCCAGGCUGUUGCUGGGCUCCCUUGUCUUAGGUAGCCUGUCUGCUAUCAUAUCAGCCACUGGGAAUAUCAUUGCCACUCGGAUGAUCAUCUCCCAGGGUUCCCGUGGAAACUGCACCCUUGGUCACAAGACGCUGGCCUUCUUCUGGUACUAUUACCUGUUUCACAUAGCCCUCCUGUGGCUCACUCCUUUCUUCCUCUUCCUGCUGUCCAUCAUCUUGCUCAUGUCUUCACUGUACCGGCAUGUGGGGCAGAUGAGGGACCAGAGGACUGGGACUUGUGAUCCCAGCACCCAGGCUCACACUAUGGCUCUGAAGUUCCUGGCCUUCUUUUUCAUCUUCUAUAUUUUGUUUUUUCUGUCCAUGACCAUUUCUAUUAUGAAAACCACAACCAUGCAGAGUUACUGGUAUUGGGCCAAGGAAAUAAUUAUCUACGUGGGUGUCUACCUACACUCCAUCAUCCUGGUGCUCAGCAACCCCAAGCUGAGCAAGGCCCUGAAGACGAGGCUGCAGAACCUAUGUGCAGCCACAUCAUAA